ACUCCGCCCCGUUUUCUUUUACUGAGCAGAGGUUGAAAAUCGGGUGCCACUGUAGCUGCUGGAACCAAAAGAAUUGGAGAAUACAACAGAGGUAGCAGGAAAAUGUGGAAAGACAGAGGACCCGGAGUGAAGAUCCUCUGGCUUUGGGCCAUCGGAACUGCUGGCAUUUUGGUGACCAGCGUUGUGAGGACCAGAAUGCGGGAUAUGGAGCAGCUCAUGAAUUCUCAACAACAAACGCCUCAACCUAUUGACUCACCUGUGAUUAGCGACAAUAGUGAUACUCAAGCGGCGAAUUCUGAGGACUUCAUUCGGGAGGAGAAAGUGUGAGAAAGUUGUAUGCGACGUGUUUGAUGAUUUGUCUGAACGAUGAGUUUUAUUGUUCUUUUACAGAAUUUGGAAUCAUUCGACUCUUUUCGGUUCUCUCAUGGUUUCUCCUUUUCUCAUUUUGCAUUAGCGUUUUAACUUCACCGGCUUUAUUUGAAUGCUGUAUAAAGUACACAACCAGUAAAUCAGCUGAUGGGCUUGAUUGAGAAGUGAUACUUGGUCAUUAUAUAGGGAUCUUUCUUCUUGUC